GUGUCAAUAGUAAAUGACACCACCCCGUUCAAGACAAGCUGAAAGUAGGAAAUCAUGUACGCCAUUUGACGAUCUGUGCUUUGCCUGUUCGGUUCGUGUUUUUCUUUUUUAUGAGAUUGACUGAAGAGGCAUCGUUCUAGAUGUGAAUUCGGCCUCCUCAGUUUCGGGCUUCUAUUGUUGGAAACCGGCUUCACGUGAAAACACCCCGAAUAUGGCGAAUUAUUUGAGGAAAUUUCGACUGCUGAUAUGGAAGAAUUUUUUGCUUCAAGUAAGUUCUCUAUCUGACCGCUCUAGGUUCUGCUGUAUUGUAGAGCUGGGUUCAUAAAUCUCUGUAACCUUUUACUUAAGGGCAGUUAUAUGACUCAUAACCGAUUUAAUUCAACAAAACUUUGUAAGGAGAAAAUGUUUAAUAGCUCCACCUGCAACCUUGUAGUUCCUUGACUUCUUCCUUGAUUAAUCAAGAGAAGCAGUGCUUCCACUGUAGGUUUUUUUUGCUGCUUCACGUCACAAAAUGGAGGUUGUGAUUUCUAGGCUUGUAGCCCCUAGUGGCUUGUAAUGCACCAGUAAUAAAUUUCUCAACACUUCAUGCUCCAAUUGUGACCAGUGUCAAUAAUUUUUUAACAGCCUAUGCAUAAUGCAUAAAGGUUUCGAGAAUUAAUAAAUGGCUUGUACCACUGUAGUAAUAUAUAUGUAUAUUCCUGGUAAUGUCAACAGAAACGAAGACCUAUUGGGACUGUUUUUGAAAUCCUCAUUCCGAUUGUUGUGAUGGGCAUUCUUAUUCUAAUUCCACUGUAAGUACAUGUAUAUUCACAUUUAACUGUACAUUUUUGCCAGCAAAAAAGUGUACAUUUUGUACAUGUAUAUACUGCUGUAAAUUUAUAGAUUACUGUUAUUUUUUGGCUGUGGGAACAAGAACUGCAAGAAGUUUCCGGUGGAUCAGGCACACAAAUUUUAUGACAGGCAGUUGCACCUUUUAAUAAAAAUUUACCACUUGAACAUUUCAACAUUUUUUUGCCUCUAUUAGGACAGCAGAUUCAGCACAAGACAAAUGUUUUUGUAAGUGUCAUUUCUUAACAAAGCUGAAAAAUUCAGCUGAAAAAUUGGAGCUACAAUGAGGGAAAAAAGGGUUGAGACACUGCGGUAAAAUAGCCCCUCCACCUAUAUAUGUACCCCCACCCUGUAACCACAAAAUCAAUGUUUUAUUUUAGACCCUCAAGCCUUUCUUUUACUUCAAACAAUAUUGAUUCGGGGGUGGGGGCAUUUACAGCAUUUAAAUAGAAUGAAAUAAUAAAUGAAUGAUAUUGUUGAUAAAAGCACCCUUUCAAGACAAGCUAGUGUGUCAACUACUUUUGUCCCUGAUUGUAGCUUUUAAUUGUUGGUGUAUGAAAACUUAAUAGCCUUACUAUGAGUAUAACCAUCUGGGUUGUUCAACCCAUCCUUGGCUCUAAUAACUAGAAUACCUUUAAGUUGUUUUCAUGUGGAAUCAGUAUUUACCAUAAAGCAUUCCUUAAUUGCAUGUGAAACUAUGGUUGCAUUCCUUUUAGCCAAAUUUUUUCCAGAUUUAGACAAUCCAGCUAGUUUGGAUUUUCAUGCCAGCUAGAACCAAAAUCUGAAUAAGAUUGAUGCACACAGUAGCUGCCUGCUGCUCUGAUCUUCUUCUCAAUUUCAACACAUUGUUAUAUAUUUCUCCCCGCUAACUUAAGCGCCUUCUUGUUGAGAAGUGGAAAGAAAAGUAGCUCUUUAACUAGUAGUACUUGUUCAUACUGGGACUCGUCAACUUAAAAUUAUCUGGAAUUUGAUUCAAGAAAAUUCAGAAGAUAAUUACGAAUUCUCAAGUACUGAGAAGCGUGCUCUAAACACACACACACAUUGGACACUAGUUUUGCUGUGAGAAAAUCCAAGUGUUCCAAGUGUUCUGUGUUUCUUACAGAUUUAUACAGUGGAACUUGAGUUUAAUAUAUUACAAUCCUUUAGCAGCAUAGAACAACGAAGGAGUGUAAAUAACUUUUGCCUGAACUAACCUUGACCUGCCGUGUUUAUCACUGAAUGAGCACUGGUUCUUGCAACUGAAAAGCAGUUUUGUUAAAUGGCACAAAAAUCUGAAACUACAGAUUGAGAUACCAAUCUGAACAAUCCAAGUGUGCAUGCAGAGGUGGAUCGUUCAGAUUGCAAUCUUAGAUUGGUCUAGUCCUUAAUGGAAUGAAAAAUCAAAUUUCAGGUUGCAUUAUCCAGAUUUAGAUUGGUCAAAAGGAAUACAACCUAUGCCACAACAGUGUGUUUUGCUUUCUUUUAGCUGUAGAUCAGUCAAGACAGAUCGAUAUGUACUAUGGUGGUGGAAAAUUGGCUUUUUUCCCCCAAUCUGAAAUAGGUAUCAGUUUUAAUUUCCAAGUUAGAUAAUGAUAAUAAUAAUAAUAGUAAUAAUAAUAAUAAUAACACAGUUCAAGUUCUCAUAAGUAAUUAAACUCCUCAGAAAUUUAAAAAAGUGGUCAUAAUUAUAGCUGGUUGCCUACGAGAAUGAGCUCUCGUAAGUGAUCGCUUGGUAAAUUUAAUAGGGUGGACGCUUAAGAGAGCUUCGGAAGCUCAUUAAUAAAUUCUGUGAGCAGGGCUCGAUAUUAACGGCUGCCCACUUACCCAGGGCAACAACUAAAAAUUUCAUCUGUGCAACUAUUAAGUUUAGGAUCCUAGUUGCUCAAUCAGGCAAAAAAAGAGAUUGAAAUCAUCUUGAAUAGCAGCCACAAAUAAUUUUCAAGAACUGGAAUGUUUUUGCAAGACUUUUAAAAGUUACCACAAAACGUGCAGCAAAAAUAGGGAGGCGUACCUAACACUGAAUAUUUAAAUGAUAAAAGAAACCCAGAGUACCGUUCGUGUUCGUUUCAAGAUAGAAAAAGCUACAAACUUAGAAAACUAAUGUCACAUGUAAUUUGAAACCUCUAAAAGCUUUUAUACGGAUUGAGAUUUGUUAUCAAUUUUCACUUCAUGCAAUAAUUAAACGGCCUAAUGUUUCUUUUUUAUAAUGCUGGGGGAAAAGUCAUGAUUUUAAUAUCAAAGGUUUUUCAUUUGAUGCCAUUUAGAGCUAGAGUAGUUGCCUUGUAGCAAAGUGUGCAGUUUCACUAAAGUGUUGAUUGUGUGGUUCCAGAAAAUAUCCAGACCCCCACCACGGAGGGAAUUGGAAAUUCCAGGGGGGUGGGGGGGUCAGAGGCCCAGGAAAUUCCAGAAGGGAGGGGGGUUGGACCAUAAAAUCACUUUCCAGGGGGGCAAUAUCAUUUUGUUUUCGACCUGAGAUUGAAUAUUGCUUCUUACCGACCUGGUAGAUCAUUUUUAGGACAUAAAUAACUCGAAAUAUAUCACUUAAGAUUGUUCCUUUUAAACUUAACCAGGUUUCCUUUCUUUCAAAAGCGUUUUGGAUGUAAUUUCACAGGAAUUAGACCGACUACAACUCGUUUUAUCGCAUGCUCGUAUAUUCGGCCGCCAUUACUCGUUACCAGUCUUCCCCAAAACAUCAACGCAUGCAACACAUCACGCAACACAACACGUUGUGUCAGUCGAUCGAUAGAUCAGAAGAGUGGCAAUUUUGCCUGACGAAGCACAAGCUAUACAUUGUAACCAUUUUAGAAUGAAGAGUUUUUAUUCUCCUUUUCAUUUUCCCUUAAUUUUGUGGUUGAACGUGUGGCAUGUUCCUGAUCGAAUUCUCGCUGAAAUGGUGUCCAUUUCACCAAACAUUUAUUACGGCGAUCGCGCAUCGCGUCGCAUCAGUCGAUCAAAAAACAGUAAAUUGAACUUGGUUUCCCUUCAAGUAUCUUCAAGAUGCAGGGGGUAUUCAUUGUUAUCAUUUCAGAAUUCCGAGUUUUUAUUCUCCUCUUUGUUUUGCAUUAAUUUUGUGGUCGUAAGUUUGACUUGUUCUGCAUUCCCGCACGAAAUGGCGUUAAUUCUAUCAACAUUACGCCCAUGAGACGAAUAACAAAUCGAAGCUUGCCCUGAUUAAGGUGAAUUCACAAAUAUAACCGACUUGUUAACUUUCUCUGUUUCAUUUAAAGUAAGAGAUGAGCAAAAAUUACAGAUCAGGUUACUUUGUGGUGGUGUAGUGUGUUUUAAUGUUGCGAGAUCACUCAAAUAAAUGAAUACAGAAGCAUACAAGCUUCUGAUGGAAACAGUUGGAUACUAACCAUAAGUUGCCUCAUUCUUCUACUUUAAUGGUCUUUCUUCGUGAAAAUGAACUUUUCCAGAGGGGUUGGGGGGUCUUCGUCACAUUUGUGGAAAUUCCGAAGGGGUGGGGGGUCAUCAGUUCCCUGCAAAAAUGGAAAAUCCAGGGAGGCGGGGGGGCCCUAAGUGAAAUUCCCUCCGUGGUGGGGGUCUGGAUUAAUUUUCUGGAACUACACAUUUAUAUAAAAUAAUAAAACUCUGAGUGGUUGCUUACCAGAACUUAAAAACAAAGGAAAAGUCCAGUUGGGUAAUCCUAAAAGUGGUUGUGGUUGCUUAUGAGAGCUUUUCAUUACCAUAAAGUCACAGUUCAAAUGUGGUUUCACAAAGGUUGUUUAAACUAGAGCUGGUCGUUUACGAGAGACCAGUGUUUACAAGGAGAGCUUCGAUUGUAUUAAUAAUAAUAAUUAUAAUAAUAAUAAUAAUAAUAAUAACAAUAAUUAUAAUAAUUAUUUAAACUAGGAAUGAUACUAAUGACACUAAUAACAACUCUGCAUGCAUAUUAGUUUAAGAAUGCUACUUUGGAUUAUGGCAAUAUUCAAAUAACAUGAUGAUUGGAAAGUAAUGCUUAUGCAAAUUUUAGGGGGAUAAACAAGGUUUUUUUGAUCAAUGUGAGAUUGGAGAAUUGUAUACGAAAGUGAAAAAUGUAAGGAUUAAGAAAUAAACUCACUUAUUUGUUUUAAAUAGUUUUACAUGUAAUAUUUUGAUGCAAUAAGUCAUUCAUACUCACUUUAAUUCUUUUUAGUGUCAAAGUUGAUGGCAAGGGUUGAAAACAUUACGGGUUUGAAAGCUGUAAGUACCAGUAACACUACUGGCAUGCCAUGGUCAUCUGGGGCUAGUAUGGCUGCUGAAGUAUCUGAGAAUACACAAGAUUACUCUUUCGACGGGGACAACUAUUAUGGGGGUAAGCAAAUGCAAAAUGCCUGUUGUAAAGGAAUAUCAAACAUAGGAUAAUAGAAAAAAAACCUAGAAAACAAAAAUAAUAAGAAACAAUUUUACAAAAACAAAGCAAAAAGAAAAGCAAACAAACAGAAUAAAAAAACAAAACAAAAUAGAAAUGCAGUGUUGGCCGGAAUGACAGAGUGCUGCAAGUUACAGCUAGCUUAUAAUUCUGGCAAUUGUGAUUGUCCUAUGGAUUCACUGAGGAAACUCUCUGUCAGCCGUAUUUUACAUUCGCAAACUCAGAAUUGUGUAGCAAGGGUAUUAUUAAGACAAAAUAAUAUCAUCCUUUUUUAUUUCAGCCAUUGAGUUUUUAAUUGAUGAUGAGGACAGUCUUCCAAAGCAAGUCAAGUAUGCCAUUCGCUUGAGGUCUGAGGUAUAUUCACCAUGGAACACAGACUCGACUUAUCCACAGUAUAUUCCCGAUAGCCCGGCCUCUGCACAGUAAGUAAUGAUAAGCUCUCAAUUAUGUAUUGAUGUAACUGUAGUUAUAUGAGAACUUGCUGGAUUUGUCAUCCAUUCAUAAUUUAUUAAAUUUUGUCACUGUAUUACACAUUAUCAAUGAUACAAGUGCUGUGCUGCUUAUAAUGAUCGAAUAUACCCAUUAACCCUUUGAAGAUUUUGUCAAAAAAAAUGCUAUAUGAAGGUUAAACCUAGCAGUUUUAUGAUCACUAGUUUCCAUGCGAAGUGACGUCUGAGUGAGAGGAAUGAGUGCAGAAAUUCUAUACUAAUGACCUGUCACUACCCAUGCCAUUUCUGUUGAAGAUCAGUCAAAGCAAAUUUCCCUUGUGGCCAGGGUUUGAGCUAGGAUUUGAUCACUGGGGGACAAUUUGUCCCCUUGGCUAAAAUUUUGGGGGACAUUUUCAUUUUUAGGGGGACAGAAAUUUGUACACCCUUCCUUCUUAGCAUGGCUUCUGAUAGGUCUCGGACGAAAAAGUCAAAUUUUGCGGGAUUUUUAGGGACAAAUUCGCGGAAAAAUCGACCGAUUUCGCGGGAGUUUUCGGGGCAAACUUCACCAAAAAGCAAUCGGUAAAAAAUGGCCGAUUGUGUGGUUAUUUUCAAGGCAAAUUUCGCUAGAAAUCGAUCGGUUUUGUGCUGAUCAGACCAGCCUUUUUAACGUUUUUCUAACAGAGGUCAUCAUUUGCUCUUUCAACAACAACACGCUCCAGAAAUGAACCAAUGGCAAAGCCUUUAACAUGAUGGCUAGUGCCCAGUUUUUCGCAACAUAAUCUGUCUGCACGUUUCAGUGACGAAGUUCCAAGAUAAAGUUGCAAGUUUACGGCAAGUAAAUAGCCCCUAUAGCUGAAAUAAGUUUCAAAUAUGUUGUACAGACAUGUAUUUGAUAAGAUUUCUACCGAAUUUCAGUAUUUUUCGUGUUUUUGUGAAUUUCGCGGCUCCGCGACCGCAUGAAAAAUCAAAAGCCCUGUCUUAGUUUUCCGAAAAAAAUAGCAGUAGAGCGUGACUGAAACGUAACUUUGGAAUGAACUUUAAAGGUGCGAUAAAAUAUACUUUCCACGUUCUGUUUCAGCUUGCAACUUCUGUACCGAAAUAAAUCUCUUUGUGUGUGCUUCCUUUCGAGUUUUUUCCCUAAAUUUUGAAGGGGACAAAUUGUCCCCUUGGCUGUUUUUUAAAGGGACAAUUCCAAUUGCAGUGCGGGAUUGGCGCAAUGGCGCGGCCUGGCUCAAACCCUGCUUGUGGCACAACCCAGUUAAAAGUCAAAAGUAGGCCAGAUUAGGGUAGUGAUACAUUAUCAUUAUGAUAUUUCUGGGCUUGUUCCUUAGACAUCAUUUUGUGGGCAGACCAGCGGUGGCAUAGCGAAAUGUCAACUCAUUACACUAAUACAAAAGUAGGCAUUGAUAGAAAAACUUGAAGCUAAUUAAAACAGAGAUACAGUUGUGGAUUUUGAAAUGCUAGCCUGCUAGCAGUUUUUUGUUGUUUGACACAAUAAAGCUGUGGUUUUGUUCAGUGUCUCUGCCUCAACUGAAGAAAUAAACCCAUGUUAUUUGCAUUUUAGGUUGAGUUCCAUUUAAACCUGAAUUUUUCGUGUGCCAAAUCAGAUGCUUUAAUUACCCUCUGGUUUUCAGCAAUGAUCUUACAAAAUGGUUUGAGCUUUUGGAGCAUUAGGGCCUAACUAUCACUUUAUCCUGUUCUUUCUUUCCCUCAGGAGCAAAUAUGACGGCAAGUUUUUGGCACUCCAGUACGCAGUUGAUACGGCUAUCAUGCAAAUGCAAACUGCCUUAUCACAUCGCUUUCAUGUGAAAAUGCAGGCUAGUAUGUUAUUUAUGCAGACAUGAACGGUUAUGUGUACUCUGUAGGCCUUCACUAUUAAUUCCACCAUGUAACUUGUUGAUUUAUGGCAACAAAAACCUUAUCACGGUCUUGGGGAUUGGGGUUUUAGGAAGUUUGCCUUUGUCAACGUCAUCUUUGUUAUUACUGCCAUCUUCAUCAUCACCAUAUAUAUAUAAUUAUCAUCACAGUCAGCACCAUCGUCAUCAUUAUUAUAAUCAUCAUUAUCAUCGCAGCCAUCUUAUUCCUCUCCGUCUUCAUCAUCAUUGCUGUAAUUGUCAUAAUUAUCCAUCAUCGCCAUUCCUAUCAUCAUCACCAUCAUCAUUUUUAUUAUAGUUUUUGUUGAUCAUCAUCAUUAUAAUUAUAUACAGUUCUAAGAAGAAGCUAGCCAAGAAAAAUAGCAACUCAAGAUGACAAAUAAUUUAUUUGUCAUCUUGAGUUGCUAUUAUUCUUGGUUAGCUUGUUCUUAGAAAUAAUUAAUUAUAUAUAAUCCUGUUGCACAAACCAUAACUGACUUUGUGUUUGUCCUGCUGGCACAGGUUUUUCCUUACCCAAACUAUACAACAAAUUUUGGGAUGAAUAUGGUAUCCCUGUUUAUGCCUCUGCUGGUUAUGUUGGGCCUGAUGUAUUCAGCUAUGACAAUUAUCAAGGUAAUACAGUUAUGGAAUCGUUUUCUUGUCAUAAUUGUUUUGUGCUGAAACAUUUUUAAUUCCCUUAGUUCUGAGAAUAACAAUGUUUGCAUGGGCAAGGUGUAUUUCUUAGUAUGAAACAAAACAAAGUUACAACGUCUGAUGAAAAAUUUUCGGGCUUCUUAACCCUUUAAGCCCCAAUAUCCACAUACAUAUGUUAAAGAAUAAGUUGAGAGAAUUUGAUGAAAGAUCAAAGCAUUUUCUCUUAGGUGAUCAAUUUAUUAAUUCUCAUAACCAAAUCUCUUGACAAUCAAUGGAUAUGGUUAGGAGAAAAUUGAUGUUGGACACCAUUGGGACUUAAAGGGUUAAUAUCACGGGCUCCUAAUCCAUUACGUGUACAUGUAUUUUGGUAUCAGUGUAUUGUGGAGAUUUCUCUUUCUAGUAUGACAUAGUUUUGGCUUGUAUUCUGUGGAAACAGGUGAUGAACGUUUUUCUGACAAGUGUAGUUGGGUUUGCCAAAAAAAAGAAUUUUUUAAGAUUUUUUUGCUUUUUAAAACUAUAAAAGCUGUAGUGUUUAGUUCAUUUGAAAAAUUUUAGCUACAGUUGUAUUUAAAAUUGGAGGUUGGUUACAGGUUUUGACUAAACUUUCUGUUAUAUGUAUGACUUACAUUUACUAUUGUAUGGAUUAAUUUUGCUAGGAGCUGGUUCUUGAGAAACAGAGCCGUUUAAAGGAAUCAAUGAAGAUGAUGGGACUGCCAAACUGGGUUCAUUGGACAGCAUGGUUCACUAAAAACUUGUUGUUCCUUCUCAUCUCUGUUGUUAUAUUUGUCAUUGUACUCAAGGUAAAUUAGAUUAAUGGAGGAGAUUACAUCUCCUGCAUCUCUCAGUACAGUUAACGUUGUUUUUGUAACUAUGUUUUAUUUCUUGUCUUGUAAUAUCUAUUUUUGAUAGUGCAGUUUUCUCCUAACAAAUCAGCUUUGAUCUUUCAUUAAAUUCUCUCAACGUAUUCUUAAAGGAAAUGUAUGGAGAUCAGUGUAGAGAAUUUGUUUUACUUCCUGAUAGUACAGGUUUCCUUCGUGUUAAGUUAAACUUUUAAGUCUUAGAAGUGAUCAACAUCAGUUUUCUCCUAACAAAUGAGCUUUGAUCUUUUAUUAAAGUCUCUCAACUCAUUUUUAAAGGAAAUGUAAGGGGAUCAGUGUAGAGAAUUUGUACGCGGAUAUUGGGGCAAACAAAUUUAGCCACUGCAACCUUCAGAUCGGAGAUAAUUCGCCUUGUGAAGGAUCGACCAUCGCAUGUCAGUAUUUUACGUACUUUUGAAAGCUUUCAUUACGUAAGUUUUGUUUUGAUUCUUUCUGUAGGUCCUGGUGUUUAAAUAUUCAGACGUGACUGUGUUAUUCGUUCUCUUUCUCCUUUACAUCUUUGCCAGCAUCUUAUUUUGCUUCUGUGUCAGGUAAAGAAUUAUUUUUCCUUAAUUUCUUAUUGCAACUUGUUUUGUGCUUAUUCCAGCAUGGGCCUUCACCUCUAAAUAAAUGACUUAAUCGACUUAAUCCACGCUGCCAGAGCGCCCCGGAGAGCUUGCUUGCAGCCUAGCAAACAGCAACUCUGCAACUCGUGGCUAAAUUUCAGAAAUGAAAUAAGGUGGAAAAAUACGGCCGAAUUCAGCCAUCACUGUCGUGGUCCUUGAUGUUCCUUACGGACAGCUCGGCCUGUUGCACUGCCUUCAGGUCCCACUUCACUUAAAACGCACUGUAGUAUGUCCUUAUGGGUUGGGAGCAAGGGUGGCACAGUGGUGAGAGCAAUCGCUCUCUACCAAUCGAGACCUUUAGAUUCUAAGACGAGUACGGCUAAGACUAGAGUACGAGAUUUUCUCAAUACUACGUACAAAGUAGUGCUCGCGCGAGAACCAGCGUCAUUUUGGCGGGAAAUGUGGUAGCCGUUGUCAUUCUAUUAUCACUAGGGAACUUAAGAACCACGGCGAAGUUCACGACGACGACGUCUGUUGACUGGGAAAAGACUGGAACGAGAACGUCAGUUUCGUGUUUAGAUGCAGUCGGUCGGUAGGUCGACGACGACGACACUGAAUGUAAACACAAAUGUAAAACUGUGAUACUCAUUUCGCAACAAAGUUUUUCGCAAUGGUGUCUUUUAAAACAAUGCAAGAUCUAAUUUUUUGAGCCGUACGUCUAAUUUCAUUGACGAUGGAGAAUUUUUUGUGUUGUCUGACCUUUUUCGAGUGGAAAAACACCUGCUUUCUGCACAAAGAUUAUUUCAACCUGAAUGAGAUGACCGAGUCCGAGUGUCUGUCAGAGUUUAGCUGUGGAAAAAGAGACAUUCUGAUGUGAUAGCUGUUUUCCAUGUAAAGUUUAUUUCCUCUAUAUGAAAUGAUUUGCCUUACCUAAAUAUGUACAAUAAAUUUCUCACUUACGCGCGAGUUCGCUCGCUCGGCCCUCCACAGCUGUUGUCAUUCUUCGAAGUAAAAACAAUUCAUUAUAGUACACUUUUAGUCGAAUUUUCAAUCAACAUCGCUUGUUAGGAGAAAAAAGGAACGAUACCUGGAUUUACUAGGAUAAGAAAUAACAAAGGACUUCAAAAAUCGCUUAAAACAGUGGAUUUCUACCUGCCUAAGCUCGUGGAUUGUAGGACGAGGUGAUUGUACUUUGUUUGGCGUCGUCGACGACACCACGACGACGAAAUUUACUGGUCGCGCUUGCGCAGUACACAGUAACUCACUUCCGGACGUCGUCGACAAAGUCGUCGUCGUGGUUCUCAAGUUCCCUAGUUUUAGCGCGAAUGUCUUGCUGGCGAAAACAAGAUAUCAAAUGUUACAAGGUUUACCAUUUUGUGAUCGGGAAAGCGCGUAUCCCACUUCACUAAAAGAUAACAGUGCUAACUUUUCUGGUGAAAUACGGUAAAAUGAAGCUUUUCGGGAAGUCUGUAUUUUGGGAGUACGCGAAAAAACUUAAAGUCAAAUCUCGUACUCGUAGUCGUCCUCGCCCUCGAAUCUAAAGGUCUCUAUGGUGACCUGGGUUCAAAUUCCGGUGUCGACGCCAUAUAUGGCUAGAGUUUGUUGUUGGUUCUCUCCUUUGCUACAAGAGGUUUUUCUCCGGGUACUCAGGUUCUCCCCUUUCCUAAGUAACCAACACUUCAAACUCUAAUUUGAUAUGGAAAGCACAAACUCGUUUAAACGAGUUCUUAAGACCCCUUAAGUGUUUCGUGGGUAAACAAAUCACAGUUUUUUCAUAUCCGCAAAUCCGAAGCCACUCAUGCGCACAGCUAGGCCAGACAGGCGUGAACCGACUCUCUCAGAGCUGGGAUCAUUUUCUCUCGAUUCGCAGCACUGACCAAAAAAAAUGAAGGCUCUGAGAAUGAGAAUGGCGUCAACCGUCUUGAUAUUUGAGACUUGAUUUAUAUCUUUGCAGUGUGUUUUUCUCGCGUCCUGUUCUUGGAAUGCUCCUUGGUGCUUUAAUCUGGAUCGCAACACUGGUACCCUACUUUGUAGUGUAUAAUGACAGUAAAUACAAAGCAAUGACCAGGUACCAAAUACAUGUUUACUUAACUAGUAAUAACCAAAGGUUAAGGAAUGCGGGCGAGUUUCAGGCUUCUGAUCCAACCUCAAAACCUCCUUGCUGUAACGCUGGUGUUUUGCGUAAGUUUCGCGUGAUAGAAGGUCAAAACGCGUGUGUUCAGAUUAUGAGUGAUAGACGGCUUUUCGGCUUAUCAGUUUCAAGUCCAAUUUAUAGAAACAACCAAAAUACAACAAGCAGGACGGAGGAAAGUUUUCGUUCAACAUUGGUAAAAUCGUACAUACCCAGAAAAAAUUUACCCCCCACAAAAAGCAUGCCCCCGGGAUUCGCAGGCUAUAUAAACUUUAAUCUGCAGACCUGAUCUGGCGAGCUUGAACCAGCGAAAUGAGCUUGUAGCUUCGAGUAGACACGCGCGCAAAUUUCUUCUUAGCAGCUUUACAUCUUCCAUUGUCACCCAAUAGUUUCUGAUUCAGUGCCGCACAUGCCGUGCAGUACAAACUAACUAGUAGGCUGAUUUAGCAACAGAACGAGAACGUCAGUUGACGACUGUGCGCGCAAAUCAAACAACUGGCUUGGCCAAUGGCAGAGCGGCAAAUUGGGCACCGGAAGUCGAGUUUAGUCCUUUCCGCGCGCUUUCCCGACGUCAAAUGACGUUCCCGUUCUGUUGCCAAAUCAUCCUAGUAAUGAAUUGCCAAGUCGGAUCUUACGUUGAUAUUUUCAUCACCUAGAUUAGAACGCUCUAGUUCUUCUAUUGACCACUCUGCCGAUGGGCGUGCAUACAUAUCAACUGGUAAACUUCAAUCUAUGUAUAUUUGGAUUUCCUUUACAGAUCAGAGAAGGCUGGGGCUUGUCUGUUGCCAAACACCUGUUUGGGUCUCGCAGCCAAACUCUUCGCGCAGUUUGAGACCAUCCGAGUUGGAAUCUCUUGGAAACAGGUUUCCGAGUAUCCUUCAUCCGAUGAGAAUUUCAAUAUGGUUUGGGUGUUUUGCAUGCUGCUAGCCGAGUGUGCAAUUUUUGGCACUAUCACUUGGUGAGUGGGGCGUAAAUGUGAAGCAAGACAAGAAUGAUUACCGACGUAAACUUCCGUUUGAUAAGCCCUGGACUUUAUACAUCUUCGUAAGGGUUUUUAGGGGGGGUUCAUGAGUAGAGGAGUUUAAGAUUCGGGGUAGGAAACUUUGUGGUGUAGUACGUACAACGAACCACAUAGAGAUCAAACCGAGGGGGCGACGAGGACGCUUAUAACCGAAAUAAAGAAACAAGUUAUAGCAGAGUAAAAAUCGUUCUGCAUUUAUUGGUUUUUAUUAAGCUUCUAAUCAGAUGUACUCUAUUAUUCACAGUUAGGUGGGCCCAUAAAUGGAUGGGGUGGGGGUGGGGGUGGGGGGAGUGGACUUAUGGGUAAGGAGUUCAUAAGCGGCAGUUUGCGGUAGUCAGUGAGUGUACGGUCUAAAUGGCUAGAACACAAAAGGGAAAGAAAUUCACUCACAUCAGCAUCACCUUUUUUCACUAGGUAUGUUGAGGCGGUAUUUCCCGGGGAGUAUGGAAUUCCUAAACCAUUCUACUUCCCAUGUUUGCCGUCGUAUUGGUGUGGCGUUAACAGCCCGAAGGUAAACCUCAUGAAUUGGCAAUUAUAAAGUUCCUAAGUAGGAAGGAUUAAUGAUGAGAAUAAUUAUGCUGAAAGCACCUCAACAAAUAGCCUCCCACGCAGACGUUUUUAGAGGAGCUCGUUUUUCAUCCCUUUGUGGGGAGGGACGAAAGACAAGCUCCCCUAAAAACGCCUGCGUGGGAGGCUACUCAACAAAUGAAUCCGUCAAGUAUUACUGUGCUUGUUUACGGAGGCUUAAAGUGUAGGACUUGAAUGUUGGAGAAAUAAAUUUCUGUGCUAGUGCUAAGAAUAUUCUUUGUUUGUUUGUUUUAGUUGAAGUUGCCGUGCGACGAUGAGGUAUGUCCAAAUAGGGAAUGAAUCAGGGGCACCCAACAAGAAUAUAGUUCAAAACCACUUAAACACAGCAUUGUUAAACGUAUUUUAGUAUUCAAACAGUAGAUAAAGGCAUAUCUUUAUCCCCUAACAAUUUUUCAUCUGUUCGGAUUUCCUAGCUGAAAGUCUAGUGAUCCGAAAAUUAUAGGGAUCAAAACUUACCUUUUCGAAAAUUUCAGCCAGAAAAAAGGCUUCCGAAAAUUCUAGGUGACCUUUUUAAGGAUAAAAAUCCGUUGAAAAUAGGCAAUUAUACCAUUUUUUAGAUGUUCGAAAAUCCUAGGAGAGGCAGGCAAGCAAGAAAUUUUACAACAAAUGUUCCGAAAAUUCUAGAUCUCAAAUCGUCUUCCGAACAGAUAUUUUUCCGAAAAUUGUCGUUGGGUGUCCCUGAUGAAUUUCAUGAUCAUCCUUUCUGUACCUCUGCCAGGCGCGGUUACGAAACAGGUCACGUGGCUGUUGAUGACUGCUACAAUAUCUGUGGAAACGUCUAUCAGCACCAUCAACAGCAUAGACUACAAAACAGUCCAUAUUUUCUCCUUUGUUAAGAGCGUGCGCGUGAUACGUCAAAGGAAAGGCCUGGAGUCAGGGUAAAAACGGCGAGUGAGACUAGGGAGAGACGCGAAAGAGAGAUCCGUGUUUCUUCUCUCGCCACACAAGUGUGAGGCCCACGCGCUUCGCGCGAAACUAUCACUCUCGCACUUUGCAACUUGCAAAACCGAUUUUAAGAAAAAACCCGACUGUUUUUCAGUCUACCAACAGCCUGAUUAACUUCACUCGCCCAGAUAAUUAUAUCCAGACUUACGCCCCAUUUAUAUGGAGAGAAAUUGUCCUGGGGAAGAGGAUCACCAUCCCAGCCUAGUUAACUUUAGCAAGCGGUUACUGGAGAAAGAAAGUUGACCCAUUUAUCCGAGCCAAGAGCUGACAACGGCGCUCCCGCCUUGACCGAUCGAGUUGACCCGGCUUGGCGUGCCAGAAUGUUUAUGUGGAGAAAAGUUGGCCCAGUUGCGAUGGUGACACUGCCGUCAAAUAAAGAUGACCCGGGAAAGCGUGUGACCCUGCCUUCAAAUAAGGGUGACCCGGGAAAGCGUGUGAACCCUGCCGUCAACUAAGGGUGACCCGGGAAAGCGAGUGAACCCUGCUUGCUGAGCAAACUUUUGUUUCUCAUGUAUACGGUACGGUUCGCCAAGGUUCCCAAGGAAAUAUAGGAAACGUUGGCUCGCCCAGGGUAGCUCGGAUAUUUGAGUGACUACCCCGGACAAGUUUUUUCAGAUCAUUAUACGUUUCUGGGGAAAUGCCCACCUACCCCUCCCCUAAGCCAACACCAACACUUACUUUUCGCACUUGCUUUUCACGUAGGGCAAAAUGUUGAUUUAGGGAGGGUAGGUGAGCAGUUUCCCAGAAACGUAUUAUGAUCCUCACGGGGCAUUAACCUCUACUUCUAGACUACAAUACA